AUGGGCAUCUUCGACUGGUUCUCCUCCAACAGCUCCGUUGUUCCCGUCAACAACGAUAUCCCCAAACCCCGCUCAGACGCCACCGUCAACGCGCCUCCGCCAGAGCAGUACAGGACCGUCGCCCAGUUCGUCAGCGAAUCGCCCGCUGGAACAUACAUUUUCGACUCGAGAAAGAACGAUGACAAGGCCGAUACAGAGCUUUGCCGGCUGAAUCCUAACGGUGGUAGGAGUUGUGUCAAGGUGGCUAUGCACAGCGCUGCUCUUUUCAAGAGCAUGCAGGCUCUCGGCUUCUACUGUGCCCUUCCAGCGGAACCCACACGGACGCAUAUGGAGUGCAACCACCUUCCCGUCAGCAGAUAG